CGACCAAAUCACAUAGUUUCAGAACAAGAUCAGAUUCUUCACUUCCUAACAAAUCUAAAAAUCCAAUCUUUGGUUCUCUUCCGGACAAGAACGAAGAAAUUGUAAGAGAGCCAGCAAAGGUAUUGCAAAGCGAAUGGCUCAAACCAUCUCCUACAUAACCGGUUCUCAACUCCUUCCCCUUAAACGGGUUCCGAAUAUCGCCAUUAUAGAUGUCAGGGAUGAUGAAAGGAGUUAUGAUGGUCAUAUAGCUGGGUCCUUGCACUAUGCCAGUGGCAGUUUCAAUGAUAAGAUCUCCAAUCUUAUUCAAGAUGUCAAAGGAAAAGAUACUCUUGUUUUUCAUUGUGCUUUAAGCCAGGUUCGUGGCCCAACUUGUGCACUGAGGUUAGCCUAUCAUCUAGAGGAGUUGAAGGAAGAUACCGGAAUCAAGAACAUUUUGGUUUUGGAGCGCGGUUUCAAUGGCUGGGAAGCUUCCGGACGACCCGUUUGUCACUGCACCGACAUCCCUUGCAAGGGCGCGAGUGCAUAGCCAUCAAUUAGAAUUCAUUAUGUCUGAUAAGGAAGCAAAAUUAUAUACCUACUUGAUUGCAGUUAAUACUUCCUCUUAAUGAUUAUGUUUAAUGGAUAUAUAAUAUUACUGAUUUGGUUUCUACCAAAUUUGUUUUCACUUUUAACACUUUGUGUUCAGUGGGUUUAUGCCCCUUUCUCUUUUUGUUAACAAUUUGCAUGAUUUACCAUUAAUAAAUUGUCCAAAGAUGGGUUACAUGUUUUGCC